AUGAAUGAACAAAAACCUUCAAGAAAAAAUGCGAUAAACGCAUGUAUUAGAUGUGCGAUUUUGAAAAGACGAUGUGAACCUGAUUCUGAUUCUUCGCAGCCAUGUAAAAGAUGUAGAGAGAUGAAAUUGAAAUGUAACCCGAAAAGUAAUAAUAAACGUGGGCCAAAGCCCAAUAAUAUAAAAAAGUGUGCCCCGAAGCCGAAACAUGAUACUGUUCCCAUUAAUAAAAUAAAUCCGUCUAUUACCUACGAGUAUAUUAAGGAGGGUGAUAAAGAAUAUGAUCUUAGGAACGAAGUCGAUCAUACGUCGAAUACACCAACUCAGCACUCCGUCGUCAAUUCCAAUAAUACUCCUACCACAUCAAAUCUUAGACCUGAAUUCUGUCACCAAUUUUCGUAUUCUCCGACAAAUAACAAAAUACCAGACACAUAUACACACUCCAUUCAACCUAACUUUUCGGGAAAUUAUUAUACAAAUGAUUUUCAUUCACUUUCGACUUUCACUUCUCCAAAUUCAUUUAAUUCCUAUCCGUUUUACUUCUUUCAUGCGAAUAACAAUUAUAGUUUUCAGACACACCUUAUGAAUGGAGCUCAAAUAUCUAAUGAUAAUUAUAGUUUUCAGACACACCUUAUGAAUGGAGCUCAAAUAUCUAAUGAUGAUAUGCUAUAUAAUGUGCUUUCUGAACCGAUAAAAAUUUAUAAUAAUGACGCUCAAAAUAUCAGAAUUUUUAAGAUGGAAAAAACUCUUAAAGAUGAAUAUGAAGAACUAAAAGUCGAAAAUGUUUUUCAUUUAGACAUUGCACAUAAAAAAUUUUUUACUUGGUUCUGUUAUUAUGGUGAAUUGACGGGAUUGAACCUUUUUCUAAAUACCAGUAUUUAG